AUUCCAGAAUCAUGAAUAUAUCCUCCAAAACCGGACUGAUCGCGAGCCCUCGGAAGCGAAUCAUCCGCCCGAAGCAGGAAUUCGAUCCAGCCAUCUUGGCACCGUGUGCGAUUACCCGUCAAGUCCCCCUGGCACUGCGCCCCUUCGGUGGACUGUACAAUCCGUACUCCAAGGGUUGCUCCGUUCUGUGCAAUCAUCCGGCGGCUCAGGACGUUAAACAUGUCGUUCGACUGGCUAAGGAUGCCUGGAUCAAUGAAGUUAGAACGGUGCACAGUGAGAAAUUGAUUCGGAAAAUUGACGGCCCAGGUCGUACGUUGUCCAAGGAUUCCGAUCUACCGGAACACGUACCGGAGGAGUUUUUCCGCCGAUACACGGAUACCGAUUCGCGACCACUGACUCCCACUCCUACCGUAGCUAGUGGACGUACCCGAGCGAGCGUCGGUGGAUCCCACAUGACACGGCGUUGUGUUACGCCGGAGCCCCAGACACAGAACUUGCAGGAACGGAAGCAACUAAUUCUGGACUUGCGGCGAAGUCACAGUCAGGAAACUCUGUACUGGAAUGCUUCAUCGGAACUAUCGCCUAGUCAGCUACAGGAUCCUUCCUGGAUGCAGCAUCACAGCCAAAUUCCACAAACGGUUGACGAAGAGCGUGUUCUCGGGGACGAGGCGGAAUCAGACAAGGAAGGGGCCAAACCCACUCCGAUGACCUGUAUCAAUGCGAUGGAGGAUGGUGAAGAAGAUCCUCCGAGAAGGCGGGGCAAGCGAAGAAAAAAGUCCAAGCAAUUAACGCAGACCAUCAGCUUCACGCCGAAUCAGGAUCCGGAGACUCAGGUUGCUACGAUCGAUCCGGACUCGCCGAAUUACUCGGCUCGUCCCUCGCUGAUACCGACCGGUCGUAGCCUACUGAGCUCGGCGGAGACGCCUCCGAGGGCAAGCGUUGCGGAACCAGUCGAGUACGUCGAGUGCUUCCUGGAUGACGAGGCACUUUGUUUGCUGAGACGUGGCCUGAACAUCGAUAUUGUGGAGGCAGUUUUCGACAGAUACAAAUCCCGCGCCAUGAGGGAAGCAUUUCGUACGGCUACUAUCGAUAAACUGAACUUCCAAUCAAAAGCCGUACGGCAACUACAUGACACCAUGGAUAUCCACGACAUAGAUCACGACAAGUGGAUUGAUCUGCCCCGAAAAUACUCCAGAUCUUCAGCUCGUUUUGAGUUGCCAAUGGACACCAGGACACUUUCAAUAAUGACCCCGAUCGAGUACCUCAAGCACCACGUGGUGCUCAGCGACGACCGGAAGAAGUUAUAUCAUAGAAUUUUUGUACGAAACCUACCGACAGACGACGUUAAAACGGCACAUGAAUCGUUCGAUAACGAAUCCCUACCGGAAAACGAGGCGCCUGUGCAGGUCGAGAGCUUGCGCAAUCUGCUUGCCGAUGUCACCCGAAUCAUUCCGAUGGCAAACUUUGACAAAGCGAUGCACGAAGCUCUCGGGUUUCACGGCACGCCGGAGAAGAUUUUCGAGAUCCGGGAUCUGCUGGAGUUGAACUACGAGUACUACCAGGAGAUUCCGAUCGACUUCCGGUCCUGGUGCGGGAUCGUUGCAUUCGCCGAGCGGUACAUCAUCACGCAGGAUCGCAAAACGGAUCCGUGCAAUGAGCUGGAGAUGGUUGACUUCGAAUCGCUGGCGCGACGAAUUCGCUCUGCAAAACCGUCAGAAAAUUUGGUCAAAGUGUUGCACAUCAUUAAGAACAACUAAAAAGCGGCAAUGCAAAGAGAACAUUUCAUUUGAAAGGUGAAUAAACAAUAGUGGGUUUCUGUUUUAUAGAUA